AUGAUGGACAUCGAUUUCAAACAAGUUUUUUCGAUUCUUGACGAAAACGACGAAGGCCAGAUUCAACUACGUCGUUUCGUUGACGUAGCCAAUAAUUAUUAUUCAGACGCUGAACAACUUGCUCGUAUUACAAAAGCCUUAGAUCCAAAUAAUACUGGUUUAAUAAAUUUUGAACAAUUCUGCGACGGUAUUGCUCAAAUAAGUACAUUGCAAGGAUUAACAUUAAAAGAAGUUGCAUGCGAUUUAACACGUCGCAGUCGUGAAAAUUCAUUAGUUGAAGAUUCAGAUCGACGAAGUUUGAAAACAAAACAUGGAUUCGAUUUUUCUUCGCUAUCUUCUCGGCUUAAUCUUAUGCAGGAAGAAGAGAAUCAAGACGGUAGUACAACGACUUUCAACGAAUACGACGUUGAAAACGACGAUAUAUUCCAUAAUAAAUCACACACAUCAAAUAAUCGAACGUCUACAUCAAUAACUAAUACGACGACUCCAAAAAAGCCUAAUAAUCACAAUCAGAACAGUAAUACAAACGAUUCAUCUCUAUCAUCAAGAUUGAAUUCACCAUUUUACGGUGAUGAUGAAGAAUUUAGUGGCGUAGCCGAAUCAAAUCCCACUGUUUAUUCACCUGAUACCGUCUAUCCACGGGCUCCAUCCCAACGUAUUUCUAAUAUACUAAAACGAAACAGUUAUUUACCAUCAAUCACACCAGCUGAACAAGCUGACCAACAACUACAAGAAACAGUUGACGACCUACAACUAAAAAUCGAAACAUUAACAGAACAAAAACAAACUACAACUGAGCGUUUAGCAAAAAUUCAAAGCGAAAACGGUGAUUUAAGGAGCAGGUUAUUAGCACUCGAAGAUCGUUUUCACGAUCUUGAAGGACAACAGGCACUUAAAGCACACAGUGAACAACAACGAUACAACGAAUAUAUCAAUCAAAAAGAUCGCACAUUUCUACAAGAAAAAGAAGUUUUACAAUCAAGAAUUAAUGCAAUCGAAACUGAACUUAAACAAACACAUACAGUAAAUGGACAAAUGAAAAAAGAUGUCAAAGAAUUAAAACAGAAACUUGACGAUGUUGAUUUUCAACUGCGUGAUAGUCAAGUUCGAUGUAACAAUCUUGCAGAUGACAAUGAAAAGCUAUUAGAACAAUUACGUCUUCAACGUGAAGAGCUGGCAGCAGAAAAAUUGACAAAUGCACAACUCGCUGAACAAUUAACAUACGAAGCAUCAAGUAGUCAAGUCGGUCGUACCCUAAGUCGAACAGAAAGUAUUAUAAGAACGUCGGAAACUCGUAUAGAAGAUCUUAUGGCGCAAGUCGAACAAUUGAAAUUAGAAAAUGAAAAACUUACAUAUGAAAACAAAGAAUUACGAGAGCAUGCUGUUGUUGCUGGUGUUCACGAAGGUCGACGAUUAAUGGCUGAUCCUGGUACACCGUCAUAUGCUGCUGAACUUGAAGUUCUCUCGAAAGAUGAGCUAAUGAACAAAGUGAGAGAUCAAUUUUCGAUCAAUGAUCGAUUGCGUGAAUAUAUAGAACGAAUGUUAACUGUUAUCAUCGAAAAUAAUCCUCAACUACUUGAAGUUACAACCGGUAGUGGUGUAUCUAUUGGUUCUAUGGGAAUGCCAUCGAUGAAUUAUCAACAACAACAAUCAUCAACAUCGACAACAGAUAAUAAAUCUGUUCCUGCUCAAGAUUUAGUCAUGACUGAGUCAAUAAAAAAUGAUGAAUUAUCAUCAUCAGCUAUAUCUAAAGCACCCGCUGACAAGUACUGCCGCCUGUAA